AUGACAAUUCUCUAUUCAAAUUCACAGCUUGUGUUCACGGCGUCAACCUUCAUUCUUUUGCUUCUCUCUAUUCUUGCAGUUACCCUCCAUACUUCGGUCUUGAUCUCUAAUUCCUGGGGCUCAUUAGCUGUAACUGAAACCAUCCAUUUCGACUACAAAGAUUUCAGCAUCUAUGUUCUUCCAGAGCACCUCGACGCAUCCAGUUCCAAGUUGGCGCUAGUAUCUAGCAUUAUCUCUCUCGUUACAUCUACAGAUUGUCUGGCUUUUACCACGGGAUACUGGACCAAGAAUAAACGAACUUACCAAUUCUCUCCUGUUUCAAUCCUUAGAUUGGCUCUGCUGUUCAAUACGCUAUUAUCCUUCAUCGUAGUAACAUAUCUCCACACCUCAUACAUCCGAUCCGCAACAUACAAUCCGGAACGCAGUCAUCGUGGACACUAUCAUGAAGGAAGAUUCGAUUUCGAAGCUUGGACGUGUCAGGUUGUGAGGUAUUCGGAUGUGUAUUCGGAUGGGAUGUGUAGGGAUGCGAGAGCGGGGCGGGUGGUGCAGAUUCUGAUUUUUGUGGUUGCGGUUGUGGUGAUGUGGGUUGGACGGUGGGAAUUGAGAGAGGAGAGGAGGGGAGCGGAGGACUGGAGGGGAGAGCGGCUUUGGUUGAAUGAGAGCGUGGGAGAGAAGAGUGGUGCGGUGGUGGAUUGA